CACGCUGAGCCCAGGAAGAGGAGGCUGUUCGGUCGGUGCAGUAGCAGCAGCAGCAGGACAUGGACGCGGAAGCUGUGGUCAGUGUUCGUCUGGUGAGGUCCUUCGAGCACAGAAACUUCAAGCCGGUCGUAUUUCACGGAGUCCGACUGGAGCAGACGGUGCAUGAGUUCAUGGAGCUCGUGAGAGGCGAUAUUGCAACAAAGCAAGGACUUCCACCUCCUUUCAGGAAAUAUGCUUAUGACACAAUGAAGAUUAUCCACCAAGCUCAUGGAGCAAAGACGAAUGAGUUGGUGAUGAGUUUGGACGAUGAUGAAAAGCUAAUUCUGCAAGAUGACCAAACCCUUAGAGCUGCUGGUGUUGCCAAUGAAACAGAAGUGGCCUUCUUCAGGGAAGAAGAUUACAGACUGUACAGAGAAAACCCCAAAACAGCCUGGUGACCACACAAUGUCAUUUAAUUUAAUGGCAGAGGAUAUUUUUAACACGGAGGUCAAAGGUUCAGCAUGCCAGGAACAAAAAAGAAGCACAUGGUGCCAUCAUGCAUUAGAAAGCUUUCAUUUGUGGUUUUUUUUUUUUUUUAAGUUGAAGCUGAUUCACCAGAUAAGUAUGCCUUUUUAUUUCUAUUUCAAUUGUCCUUUUUUUGGUAAUUUUGACCAUGGACAUCCAUUUAUUGUUAAUGUUUGAAAAUAUGUUGAAUAAAUGUUGCUUUUACUAUUAUUAUUA